CGUCGUCAGUGUACAAUGCGACGCCAUCACGGACACCAUCUUGAAAGACCCCAAAUCGUCCGAUUCUGGCUGGCUAGAAUGCAUGAGGUCAAGUCAAAAUUCCUUUGAAUCUGAUGAAUUAAUCUGGUCUGUGCUAAAAUGUCUUCAUGUGCUGCUACUAAUUGUAAAAACCGUUCGGAUCGAGCUGUUGUUCGUGGAAGGUCAUUCCACAGACUACCCCUACGAGACCCUGCUUUGUUGAAGGUAUGGCUUUCACAGAUGGGGAGAGAGUCCUGGAAACCGAGACCGAGUUCUGCCAUCUGCUCGGACCACUUUGAGAAGAUCUGCUUUGAUCGCACAGGACAAACCACAAGGAUUCGCGAAUCUGCAGUUCCCACGCUUUUCAACCUCCCACGAGUCCCUUUCAAACCAAAGAAAACAAAAACAACAAAACAGAAAAAGGAGAUCGUCAUCAAAUUUCCUCCCAAGAAGUUAAGAAGUGGGAAGCAACUGGCUGCUCCUGCACCAGGUGUCCGAGCUGGUUCACCACACGAUCACGACUACCUUGGAAAAGGCGGUUUCCUGAAUCAAGAACAAUUGAAGAGUCAAAGUCAACAUGGAGAUAUGAAUGAUCCUCUUAAGAAGUUAAGAAGUGGGAAGCAACUGGCUGCUCCUGCACCGGUGUUCGAGCUGGUUCAUCACAUGAUCAUGACUACCUUGGAAAAGGAGGCUCCCUUAAUAAAAAAACAGGCAGACCCGGCCGUGGAAAACAGCUUGCAGAUGUGGACAGUCGGACAGAUGCAUCGAGUGAUCGGCAAAGCAGCGACCAAGAUCUUUUAAUAUGUGAGGAACCCAUUGCAGGCAAUGCUGAAGGACAGCUUCCAGUUUCAGAGAGUCAAGCAAAUGCCUUGAUUAAUCUCAAAAACCCUAAACAAGAUGGUAUCUUGAAGGAAGACAAAACAAAAGUGAACAAGGAAAAGCAACUCCCAGAUAAAGACAGUCAGAUAAGAACAUUGCCUGACGGGAAUAGCUAUAUCAAGGAUGGUUUCUUCUAUCGUGGUAAACCCUCCCGAUAAGUGACAUCAGUAGAAACGAAAGAAAAAGGAUAAACAGAAUCAAACAGCACGAUCACUCAUACAGCGUUGGAGAUAAUCAUGUGGUUUUGAAGCACAGGAUGGAUGUCGCCUGCACCAAGUUGGCUGAAAUCAGGGCUAAGUUUAAAUGUCACCAUCAAAAGAACAGAAGGCUCUCAGUAAAGAUUAAGGCUUUGACGAGGAAAGUGCAGGAGCUAAGGGACGGACAGUUUGCAAUUAACAAUACUUUGAAGUUUCUAGAGUCUCUGGAGUAUAGGCCCAACUUCGGCACAUGAUUUCAAGCCUGAUUUCUUACUUUUCUUGAAAUUUGUUAUUUUGUGUCAUGAAAUUAAUUCACCAUAUAUAGUAUACUGCAUCUCUGUCAAAAUAGGUUUUUAGUUAUCAAGAACAAGACAAAGUGUUUUGUUAAGUUUUAGCUACAGAAUGUUUCCUUUCUUGCAGGGAACAUUUGACACAUGACCAUAAAAUAUUUUUUAAAUAUUGUUAGAAAGGAUAUCCAAAUACCUGAAGUUAAAAACAUGCUGUCCUAAGCAUUUUUUAUAUUAUUUAAAAAAACUGUUUGAAUGGAAAUGAGCCCUUAAUCUUGACAUGUAUUCGAAUAUAAUAAAAUCAUUUUUCUACAUCUAAAUCUUAUCUAAAUUACUCUCAUAUUUCAUUGGGAACCUACAUUUUUGAAAUGGUUCAAUUGUUAUUUUGGAUGUUAUGGGUUUAAUCAUUGUCAUAUCUAUAUUUUUGAAAACUUCCAAUAUAGUUAAUAUUAUCAUCAAAGUUUUUUUUCUUUUCUAAAUGUAUGUCUUCUUCAAGUUUUGCCCUUAUGAGUUCAUUAUGAUAGACUCUACACGUUUACAGAGCUAUUAUUUUAUAAUCCAUUUUUGCAUACGGUCAGUUUGCACUAAAUACCUAAGAAAACGAUACUCUUUGUAAUCCUAUUAUCCAUAACAUUAUUUUGUCUCUUGUAAAUUCUUAUACUUAAAGUGUUAGCUAAUUUCUAAGACUUUUUCCCUUUUGAAAGACUACCGUAAAGCUAUUUUUCUAUGUGAUUUGCAAGGACUGUUUAUGAACAACCAUUCAUGAAUCAUUCUUGUUUAGGAAUUGAUAAACUUUCCAUCUGACUGUUCAAUGAAAUAUUUUGGCUGAUAUUCGACACGUCUUCUGUAUUAUCUCUCUUAUUUACCUCUCCUUUCUAGAUCUCUUUCUCUAUAUUUCAAUUUUUUCUCGAUUAUCAUUAACAAAAAAUGAUUUCCCCAUUUUUGAUUUUUGAUUUCGUUUUCUCUCCCUUUCUCUUCUCAUUUUUUUCAUUCUAGCUUAUACACCCUCUCUGUGUUACAGCUUUCCGUGUUACCAAAUGUUUGUGUCUAUGAUUACCUGUUUAUUCUUAUUUAAUAAAAGUAGAGUGAAGCUCCAUAUUCAUGACACUUUAUAUAAAAUGUA